AUGUCUCUCCCCACAGAAACGGCAGAACGCCAAGAAGACGCCUACUUCUCCUCCCAACCGCCCCCCAAAAACCUAGACGCCCACGUCGCCGCCGCCCGCUCCUUCAUCGACCACCACGCCGCCUCGAGCCGGCGCGUCGUCCUCGUGACCUCGGGCGGCACCACCGUGCCCCUCGAGAAGCAGACGGUCCGCUUCAUCGACAACUUCUCCGCGGGAACCCGCGGCGCCACCUCGGCCGAGUACUUCCUCGAGGCCGGCUACGCCGUCAUCUUUCUGCACCGUCAGUUUUCGUUGCAGCCGUACUCGCGCCACUACUCCCACGCCACGGAUUGCUUUUUGGAUUUCCUGGCCGAGGGCGAGGACGGCACCGUCGUCGCGAACGCGGCGCACCAGCAGCGCAUGCGAGAGGUGUUGCGCAAGUAUACCGCUGCUAAGAAGGGCAAUAUGCUGCUCAUGCUGCCGUUUACGACGAUUACGGAUUACUUGUUUGAGCUGCGCGCUAUUGCGGGGUUGUUGAGACCCUUGGGCCCGUCGGCGCUUCUCUACCUCGCCGCCGCGGUGUCUGACUUCUUCCUGCCGCAGGACAGAAUGGCCGAGCACAAGAUCCAGUCCACCAAUGCCACGGAUUCUUUCUCUGGAGCAGGGGCAGGAUCAGCUACAACGAAAACCACAGCCAAACCCGCCAACUCCAGCAACGGCAACGGCAACGCCUCCAACACGGAAGACGAAGAGGCCUUUGACAACUUCGACUCCACCAAGAUAGCAAAAUCCAAGUCCCUCGUCAUCGACCUCGACCCCGUCCCCAAAUUCCUCCAGAACCUCGUCGACGGCUGGGCCCCGCAAGGGAUGGUCGUCAGCUUCAAGCUCGAGACGGACCCGGCCAUCCUCGUGCACAAGGCCAAGUACUCCCUCGAGCGGUACCAGCACCACCUCGUCAUCGGCAACCUGCUGUCCACGCGCAAGUGGGAGGUCGUCUUCGUCGCGCCAGGUAGGCCGGACCGGUGGGUCCGCGUGCCGAGCGUUCAGCGUGCGUCAUCGUCGUCGGGGGGAAGUGGGGGAACGUGGGAGGACAAGCCGCUUGACCCCAGCGCGCUGCCGGAGAGUGAUCCCGAGAUCGAGAUUGAGAGCUUGAUUAUCCCUGCUGUGCAGGAUUUGCAUUCGCAGCACAUCGAGUCGUUGUAG